GCGACAGAAUGGGCACCGGACGAGGAAACCAGGAGGUCCUGUCAGAGCAAAGGCAAAACAGAGAUUGAAUGUCAGAACUACAUCAGAGUUCUGCUGGUGAACAAGACUGAGGUCAUGACUUGUGGCACCAACGCUUUCCAGCCCCUUUGUAUAACCCGAGAGGUGGGAAACAUGAGCCGCACGAUGGAGCGGGUGAACGGCGUGGCGCGCUGCCCGUACGACCCGCGUCACAACUCCACAGCGGUUGUGACGGAGAGCGGAGAGCUCUACGCUGCCACCGUCAUCGACUUCUCCGGCCGUGACCCCGUCAUUUACCGCAGCAUGGGCGGGAUGCCACCUCUCCGGACGGCGCAGUACAACUCCAAAUGGCUCAAUG